UUUCCCAUCAAGGCAUUCCCACAAGAAUCAAACAAUUUGUUUAAAUCAGAAAAUUGGCCUUCAAUUUGUGAUAAUAUUGAAAGUUAUAAUAUAAAUAUGAAUUUUGCAAGAAAUGCCAUCUCCCAAAUAUCACAACGUAUAAAUGAUCCAGGAAUUAAAUUAUGUCAAUUAGCAUUAGAGCAAUUAUAUGAUGUUUCAAGUGCAAAAAAUCUUGCAAGAAAUAUGUUGGAAAAAGAAUCAACAAACUUGUCAUUUUGGAAUGGAUAUGCAUUACUUGAAAAAUCUAUGAAUAAUAUAACAGAUGCACGAAGAGUUUAUCUUGCAACACUUUCACAAUAUCGAAAAUUUCCUGAAGAAUACAAACAAGAUGUAUCACUAAUUUAUCGAAUGUUUGCAGAAAUGGAAAUUGAACAACAUCAUUUGAAAACUGCUCUAAAUGCACUUGUUAAUAUAACAGAGACUCAAAUAGUGACGACAGAUUCAAUAUCAGAAAUGGAUGUGCCUAGCAUAAAAAUAUUAAAAGCCAGGAAGUAUUUUUCUCAACAGUUGGCAAGUCUUACAUCAUCAUCAGCUUCAAAAAUAGAUUUGUAUAAUUCCUUAAAUUAUUCUAUAUGUUUAGCAUUUUUGGAAUAUACAAGUAGAGGGUUACAACAUGCUUGUAAAGUAUUUGACGAAUCAUUAGAAAAUAUAGAGCAUUCUUUAAUAUGUGAUACAUCAGAAAGAGAAGAGACAUUUAAAAUUUUGCAAGAUCUACUAAUUAGGGCUUUGGAUGCUUUUCCCAAUAAUACGAUUUUUUUGUCUUUGUUUUUGCAUGAAGAAACUAAUGGAAAUAUUCCUACAAGUUUAAAUCAAGUGUUAGAAAAUAUGUUAAAAAAAAAUCCAAACCAUAUUCUUUGGACUUUUGCCAUUUUUUCUGAAUUACAUAGUCAACAUCCCUAUGACACUCACAAAGUUCGAAAUCUAUUUGAUAAAGCACUUGAAUGUCCAAAUAAAGCCAAGAUUUUAUAUUAUAAUGCAAUAAGAGAAUGUCCAUGGUCAAAAGAUGAAGUGAUGAAUGUAAUGUUAGAAAAAGAGAUCCGUUUAAGAGUUUCAAUGGAAAAUUUUACUGAAGAAAAGGAACAAGAAGAAACAAUGAGUAGUAUAGUCCAAUGA